AUGGGGUCCCUGCCGCCGGCGGGCGAGAGGCCGCACGCCGUGAUGAUGCCGUACCCGGCGCAGGGCCACGUCACGCCGAUGCUGAAGCUGGCCAAGCUGCUCCACACCAGGGGCUUCCACGUCACCUUCGUCAACAACGAGUUCAACCACCUCCGCCUGCUGGGCGCGCAGCAGGCGCAGGCCGCCGUGGACAGGCUCUGCAGCCUGCCGGGGUUCCGCUUCGCCACCAUCGCCGACGGCCUUCCGCCGUCCGACCUCGAGGCCUCGCGGGACACCCCCGCGCUGAUCUACUCCACCAUGACCACCUGCCGUCCCAGGUUCAAGGAGCUCGUCGUCAAGCUCAACGAGGAGGCCGAGGCCUCCGGCGGCGCCGUGCCGCCUGUUACCUGCGUGGUGGCCGAUAGCAUCACGAGCUUCGCCAUUAGCGUCGCGCGUGAGCUCGGCCUCCGCUGCGCCGUGCUCUGGACCGCCAGCGCAUGUGGUUUCAUGGGCUACUACCACUACAAGGAUCUACUCGACCGUGGACUCGUCCCUCUCAAAGAAGAGGCUCAGUUGAGCAAUGGAUACUUGGACAUGAUCAUCGACUGGAUACCGGCGAUGCCCAAGGACCUGCGGCUGCGUGACCUCCCGAGCUAUUUGCGCACCACGGACCCUGAUGACAUCAUGUUCAACUUCUUCAUCCACGAGGUACCCGCCAUGUCGCAGGCGUCAGCGGUGGUCAUCAACACCUGGGACGAGCUCGACGCGCCCUUGCUUGAUGCCAUGUCCAAGCUCCUGCCGCCCAUCUACACGGCGGGGCCACUCCAUUUGACGGCUCGCAACAAUGUGCCGGAGGAGAGCCCUAUCUCCAGCAUUGGGUCCAACCUGUGGAAGGAGCAGGACGCUCCCCUCCGGUGGCUCGACGGCCGGCCGCCGCGCUCCGUGGUGCACGUCAAUUUCGGGAGCACCACGGUGAUGUCCAAGGAGCAUAUGCUGGAGUUCGCCUGGGGGCUGGCCAACACUGGCUACGCCUUCCUAUGGAACGUGCGGCCUGACCUCGUCAAGGGCGACGUCAAGGCCGCACUUCCGCCGGAGUUCUAUGCGGCAACCGAGGGGAGGAGCAUGCUGUCGACGUGGUGCCCGCAGCAGGAGGUGCUGGAAAACGAGGCCGUAGGGGUGUUCCUCACACACUCUGGGUGGAACUCAUCGCUAGAAGGCAUCUGCGGCGGCGUGCCGAUGGUGUGCUGGCCCUUCUUCGCGGAGCAGCAGACCAACUGCCGUUUCAAGUGUACGGAGUGGGGCAUCGGGAUGGAGAUUGGGGACGACGUGAGGAGGACCGAGGUGGAGGCCAUGAUACGGGAGGCCAUGGAGGGGGAGCAGGGGCGAGAGAUGCGACGACGCGUGCUAGAGCUUCGCCAGAGCGCCGUGGCCUCCGCACGGCGUGACGGAAGAUCCAUGCGUAAUGUUGAUAGGCUCAUCAAGGAGGUGCUUCUGGCUUGA